UUGAGAAAGUCGUGUUUAUCAAAAAAUACACUACAAAUAAUUUGCAUUCCAUCAAUUUUGAGAUUUAGAGAUCGCAACUCAAUGUUUUAAAUUUAAUUCUCAUGAUUCAAAUGUUUAAAACAUUUCAAUCAUUUUGAUUAUUAAUACCAAAAGUUGUCAGGGACAGUAUUUUGACAACAAUGUCAGAGUCAAAUGUUCCUCAACUUUUUUAUAAUACUCCUAUUUUCUCUGAUAUUAUUUUCACAUGCGAACGUAACGAUUGUUAAAGGAGAUAAAAUUGCUUCAAACGAACCACACAUAUUUGCAACCUGUGUUGAAAGUUUGGGUUGUUUAGACACGAAUGAAAAAUGGUAUCAUCCAAAGUACCGACCAGUUAAUUUGGAACCACUUGACAGAAAUACGAUAAGAACUGAGUUUUUCUUAUUCAAAUCGGGAUCGGGAUGUAACAAUACUAAUAAUGAAACUAAAAACGACAAAGAUAUUCUGUUUGAUAUCAUUUCAAAUCAAAAUCCUGAUACUGCAAAAGUUGCUGGAUAUAAAGAUUGCGGUUGUUUGAAGUUGCUCGUCCAUGAUUUCACGGCAAGUGGGCAUGCGGGAUGGAUUAAACAUAUGGCUAAAGCGUUUUUAGUUGUUAAUCCUUGUAACGUCGUAUCCGUUAAUUGGGAGGCCGGAGCGGAACCACCGUUUGAUCAAGCGAUUGCAAACGCAAGAGUUGUCGCAUUAGAAAUUUACGCUUUCAUAAGAAUGUUACAGGAGCACUUUCAUUUAGAUGUAAAACACGAAAUUCAAAUCGUCGGUCAUGGAGUUGGAGCUCAUAUAGCUGGAUACGUUGGAAAAGCUUUGCAGAAAACGUUACCGAAAAUAACCGGCUUAGAUCCAACCGGUGCUCGAUUUGAAAAUAUGCCACCUGUUGUAAGAUUAGACGUGGAUGAUGCAAAGUUUGUUGAGGUACUUCAUACUGAUGCUUAUAACUCAAGAAGCCAAGGUACGAUGCAGCCUUUAGGGAGAGUAGAUUAUUAUUUAAAUAACGCGGGCCACCAACCUGGUUGUAACGACACUUGGCAAUUACCUAAAUUUACGGAAGUCACAAGAGAUGUGUUACAAGAAGGAAAAAUUUUACCUGCUUGCAGUCAUAAAAGAGCUUAUAAAUAUUAUAUCAGCGCUGCUAUUAAUAAGGAAUGCCCUUUUAUCGGGAUACCAUGCGAAUCUUACGAAAAAUUCAUGAAUGGUAGUUGCACUGAUUGUAGGAAAAGUCAAUGUUUAAUUAUGAGAUACGACUCAUUUUCUAGUGAUGUACCAAAAAAUACUAAAGUCUUUCUAAAUACAAAUUCAGAACCACCUUUUUGUAUGCAUACGUAUGAAAUUGCAAUUUCAGUGGAAAAACAUGAUAAAAUGAAGAAAUUGUUGGGAUUCUUUGAAUUUAUUUUAGUAGACGAAAACAAUAAAGUGUCGUUCGCGUCUCCAUCUAUAGAUGGCACGGUGGCUAGAACAUUUUUACCUGGUUUCGUUCAUUACACAAUUGCAUACGCUCCUCCGCCAGAAAUUGACAAAAUCAAAGAAGCCAAAGUUAAAUGGAGAAACACUAGUAAAUUUAAUUUAAAAAAUAAAUCAAUUUAUGUAAAAUACAUAACGGUUAUGAGAGUUUCAGAAAAAAUGAACGCUCCCGUAAAUGGUUUGUGUCCAGAGGAAGGACCGGAAAUUAAAAAUCGUGAUUUCGUGCAUUUCAAUAAAUGCGAUGUUUCUAAAUUUAAACACGGCGAAGUAAUAGCGGGUGCUGCUGAAUCGGGUUCUAAUAAGACAGCGGCGGCUUCAGGGGAACGAAAAAAUUAUUCUAAAUCUAAUUCCCAUGAGGGCACAUCUGAAUGCAGUAGUUCUGAAGAAACAAAGUAUCCGACAGCUGGAACUACAAAGAGAUCGAAUGCGCCACUUGCCCCAACAACCACUAGUGACCCAAAAUCAUUAGAGAAUUCAAAUGAUUUACCCGAAUGCGAAGCAGUCGAACCUGGAAAAUAAAUUAAUCAUAUUUAUUAAUAGGACGUGAUUUAUUAAUAUU